AUGAACAAGAUAUCAGAGGGUGCCCGUGAAUGGGAGACGUUCAAAUAUGACUCUUUCCACAUCCCCAACGCCGUCUUCAACAGUCCCGACCGACCGAUUCCCCCCUCCUCGCUCGCGUCAUCGCCCGAUACGGGCCUCACUGCCUUUGCGCAGCUGGGCGCUCUGCGGCUCAAUGCUUCUCGAGCAUUGAUUUCCCUGUUCGAUCGCCGCAACCAGUACAUCGUCGCCGAGGCCACUCGUUACAUGCCGCUGGCGCCCGAUGCCAAGUAUCCCACGCAAAAUCAUCUCUGGCUCUGCGGAACAGCCAUCCCUCGCGCAUUCGGGAUCUGCGAACAUGUCUUGAUUGGAGCAACCCAAGAAGCGUCGAAUCCUCGACACCCGUCGGCAGCCGCCAAUGAGAGCGAGCUCCCCGUGGCCGUGGUUCCGGAUCUCGCAGCUGACCGGCGGUUCUGUGACCGUCCGUAUAUCGAGGCCGCCCCGUACAACCGCUUUUAUGCGGGUGUUCCUAUCCGAUCUCCCAAGGGUAUCAACAUUGGUGUUUACUGCAUCUUCGAUGACCGCCCACGCGCCGGGCUCGAUGCCGAUUCGGUUCAAUUCCUGCGCGACACCGCCCAAACCAUUAUGAAAUAUCUCGAGGCCAGGAGGGUCAAUGAAAGCUACCGCCGCAGCGAGCGUAUGGUGCAGGGAUUGGGCAAUUUCAUCGAAGGCAGAGAUGACCCCGUCCCACCGCCAAAGUUCGACCCGCGAUCGGCCACGAAUGGCUUCGAGCCGCCUCAGCUGGCGGUGUCACUUUCGGGGACGGACUCGCCGUCGCCCGAAUCCCCCGAAACCGCCGACCCCCCCGUUCGACCGGGCAUCAACCCAACCAGCCCGGAAGCGACAAGUUCCCCCACCAAGGUCGACUCAAGCGAUUCCGUCGAGACCACAGCAACAACAGCUACGGUGGCGACGACCACAUCGAGCACUGCUCCGCCGGACCCGCACUUGUCGGAAACGAUCAAGAUCUUUUCGCGGGCGGCCAAUGUGAUUAGAAAGUACCUUGAAGUAGACGGUGCCCUUUUCCUAGACGCCAGCAUUGGAUCAUUUGGCGGCCUCGUGACAGGUCCUCGCCGGGCAAGCGAUGUGGCAGACCGCGACUUCUCGAGCAGCGAAGACAGCCUCUCCGAAAGGCCCGAAGAUGACGACGAUGGAUGGUGCAAGACUUUUGGCAGAUCAUCCACCGUGGAGGGCGGCAGCAGCGGGCCAGACAUGCCACAGCUGGGUCGCAAAACUUUGCGCGAGAGAUUUCUUAGGAAACUACUUCGUAAGUAUCCCAACGGAAAGGUGUUCAGCUUCGAUGAGACGGGGAACUGGCUAGCUGCCGACUACGAAAACGAUGAUGCCGAUAUCACGCCCACGGAAGAGACCGAACGGCUACCCACGCGGCCCGACAGCAAGGCAGCUCAUUCGUAUUUCACCAAGAGGAACGAGGCAAAGACCAUCAUCGACAUCUUUCCAGGCGCAAGGAGCAUCGCGAUUGUUCCGUUGUGGGAUCCUUCGAAAGAGCGAUGCUUUGCUGGGGGGUUUGUUUGGAGCAAGAGCGCCACUCGUAUCCUAACGCCAUCUGCGGACUUGCCCUUCCUACGGGCAUUCGGAAUGGUCACCAUGUCCGAGGUUAUCCGGCUCGACGCCAUUUUGGCAGACAGGGCGAAGACGGACAUUCUGGGUUCCCUGAGCCACGAGCUUCGGUCACCACUCCACGGGGUCGUCGCCGCGGCCGAGCUUCUUCACGAUACCCAGCUGGACGCUUUCCAGGUCGAUGUCAUCCACACCAUCGAGAUAUCAGGCAAGACGCUACUCGACACCAUUGAUCACCUGCUGGAUUAUAGCAAGGUCAACACAUUCCUACGGGCGUCCAAGUCUCGGCGCAAGAACAGCGGGAUGGGACGAGGUUUGCGACCGGAAACGUCGGCAUCCAUCGAAUCGGGCAUGAUGAGUCUGGUGUCGGACGUGCACCUCGACUUGCUCGUCGAGGAAGUCAUCGAAAGCGUCUUCAUUGGCCACAGUUUCCACCACAUGGUUGCCUCUUCACUGGCUCGACACGGCACAUCGUCGGGGCCCCCUACCCCGGCUCAGGAGAAGCUGGACGCCAUCGCGACAUCCGACGGCCUGGGCCAUAGGCGAGGACCCUCCGAAAGCCAGCCUGCCAGCCUCAAGGACGUCAAAAUCCUCGUUGACAUUGAUCCGCAGUCGUCGUGGGUGUUCCACACCAACCCUGGCGCUAUCCGCCGCGUUGUCAUGAACCUGUUUGGAAAUGCGCUCAAGUACACGUCAAAAGGAUUCGUAAAGAUCCACCUGCGGCAGAAGGAGGUUGUGCACAAGUCGUCGAGGUCUGCGUCGAUGGUGGUACUCACUGUGACCGACUCGGGCAAAGGCAUCAGCGAGGAAUUCCUCCACAACAAGCUCUUUACCCCCUUUUCCCAAGAAGAUUCCCUGGCACCGGGCACUGGCCUGGGCCUGAGCCUUGUUCGGCAAAUCGUCACCGGCCUCGGCGGGACGAUCAGCGUGAGAAGCCAAGUCGGCCACGGGACGAGCAUGACGGUAUCGAUGCCACUCGUACUCUCGCGAAAGGCAGAUGGUCGUGGCAGGAAGUUCUCUUCUGAUCUCAAGACCUUGGCUGGCACUCGACUGUCGGUUCGUGGAUUUAGUCGCGGCUUGGAGGACUCGGAGGAGCUGCGCGCCGGCGGACUCGACCUCCCCGUAGAAAGCUUGCCUUUCAAGUGGAUGGAUGUCAAGAUCAACGAGGACAGCCGGUGCCCGGACGGUUCUGAUCUGACGGUGUGCAGUGAGGAGGCGUUUAAGAGGCACGGCAUGUCAGAGACUGGAGGUGUCGAGACACCGCUUGUAGUGGUGUGCGGGAACGCCGAGGCUGCGCAGAAGCUCGCCACGUCGUACAGACGUUCCCUUCGUCACGAGGCCGUCAUGGAGUUUAUCGCUCAGCCCACCGGGCCCAGGAAGGUCGCAAAGGCUCUGGCCUGCGCCCUCGACCGCUGGAAGCAGCGUCAACCAGCCGCCAAACCGAUAGCAGUCAGCCCACAGUCCGAAGCUUUCCCUCCGCUAGCCCCGGGCUCACGCGUGUUGAGGCCAGACACCCUGACGACGAGGCCGAGAGCGCAGUCGGAGACGGUGAGGAUGGUGAGGGUAACAUCGCCUCCCCCCGAUAAUGCGUCUCAGUCGCCCGGGGACAGUUGGAUCGCCAAUACAAACGAUUCCAACAACUUUACGUUGACGCUUCCGUUCCGGCCGGCGCCAUCAGCGGCGACGCCGGCUAUGCCGACAGCUCCGGCCAAGAGCAGCACGAGAACCAGCGUGCCCCCUUCGCCUGGUAUCGCCAAGUCACCAUCGGAGUUUCUCUUGGUGGACGACAACGCAAUCAAUCUCAAGAUUUUGUCGGCCUACAUGAAGAGGCUUCAGAAACGGCACACCACCGCCUCAAACGGUCUCGAGGCUCUACAAGCGUACACAACACAACCGCAGCGGUUCUGCUGCAUUCUCAUAGACAUAACGAUGCCUGUCAUGGACGGGCUUGAAGCUACAAGGCGGAUCAGGAAGUUUGAGCGAGCGCAGAACCUGGCGCCGGUGACUGUGAUCGCUAUCACCAGUUUGGGAUCGCAGAGCGCCCGGCAAGAGGGCUUCGCCAGCGGAAUGGACCUCUUCUUGACGCGACCGGUGACCAUGACGGAGCUGGUCAAGAUUUUGAAGCUACGGAAACUAGUGGACGAGACAACGGAGAAGGAAGUCUUGUCGCAAUGA